AUGGUUGCCCAUGCCGCAGACGGGGUCACCGUCCGACCAUUGAAGAACCAGGAUGAUGCAAAUCCUGAUGUUCUCAAGAGUCAGGACCGGCCAAAGUUGCCCUCUGUAGAUGACUUUCGUCGUGCUAUUCCCAAACAUUGCUUCGAAAGAAAUCUUGUUACAUCACUGAGAUACCUUUUCCAAGAUUAUGCGAUUCUUACUGCCCUCUAUUUGACUGUUUCAUAUUUCGAGUUUUAUGGAGGCAUUUUGGGUCUUUUUGCUUGGUAUUGUCUCAUGGGCGUCUUUGGAUUCUCCUUGUUCGUGGUUGGUCAUGAUUGUCUUCAUGGAUCCUUCUCUGAUUCUGAGCUCAUUAACGAUAUCUGUGGUCAUAUAGCUUUUGCACCCUUGAUGGCUCCCUAUUACCCAUGGCAGAAGAGUCAUAAAUUGCAUCACACUUUUACCAACCACAUUGAUAAGGACAUGGGGCAUCCCUGGAACCAAGAGAAACAUUUUAUCACUUGGCCAUUCUGGAUGAAGUAUUUCAAUGCUUUUCCUCUAUCUGGAUGGGUGAAAUGGUUCCCUGUUUACACUGUAUUCGGGUAUAGCGAUGGAUCUCAUUUCUGGCCUUACUCUAACUUAUUUAAAAACAAUCAGGAACGAAUCCAAUGUGUCCUCAGUGGCAGUCUCUGCGUUCUCUCUGCUUAUAUUGCUUACUUGAUUUGUGGAUCUAACGCUUUCACAUUCUUCAAGUAUUAUGUUGUCCCUCUUUCCUUCUAUGGUUUAAUGUUGGUCGUUGUCACUUACUUACAACAUACUGACGAGCAAGCCGAGAUUUAUGAACACGAUGAAUGGUCUUUCGUACGUGGGCAAACUCAGACUAUUGAUCGCACAUAUGGAUUUGGUUUAGACAACGCUAUGCAUAACAUUACUGAUGCUCACGUUGUUCACCACUUCUUCAACAGAAUUCCUCAUUACCAUCUAGUUGAAGCAACCGAUGGGAUCAAAAAAGUUUUAGAGCCUUAUGAGGGCACUCCAUACGCUUACAAGUCAGAAAUCAAUUACGAUUUCUUCGCUCGCUUCCUGUGGUAUAACAUCAAGCUGGAUUAUCUAGUAUACAAAUGCAAGGGUAUCCUCCAGUAUAAAGCAGGCCGUGAUGCUAGCCUCCUGAAAUCCAAAUCAACUUAG